AUGGUUGCCACGGUAAACGGAUCCGGCAAGCCCUACAAGUUCCUGAUUUACGGCCGCACCGGAUGGAUUGGUGGGCUCCUCGGGAAGCUCUGUGAAGCUCAGAAGAUCGAAUACGUUUACGGGUCGGGUCGGUUGGAGAACCGGCCAUCCCUUGAGUCCGACAUCGCCUCGGUGCAACCGACCCAUGUAUUCAACGCCGCCGGUGUUACUGGACGGCCUAAUGUCGACUGGUGUGAGUCACACAAGGUGGAGACUAUUAGGACAAAUGUUGUCGGCACGUUGACGCUCGCUGAUGUAUGCAGGGAGAAGGGGUUGGUUUUGAUCAACUAUGCCACUGGAUGUAUUUUUGAGUAUGAUGAUUCGCAUCCGCUCGGGUCGGGUAUCGGGUUCAAGGAGGAGGACACUCCGAAUUUCAUCGGAUCCUUUUACUCCAAGACGAAAGCAAUGGUCGAGGAUCUACUAAAGAACUAUGAGAAUGUCUGUACACUGCGUGUAAGGAUGCCCAUCUCAUCUGAUCUGUCAAACCCUCGCAAUUUCAUUACAAAGAUCACUAGGUAUGAGAAGGUGGUGAACAUUCCCAACUCCAUGACAAUCUUGGAUGAACUCCUACCAAUAUCCAUUGAAAUGGCAAAGAGAAACCUCACUGGGAUAUGGAACUUCACUAAUCCUGGAGUUGUCAGCCAUAAUGAAAUCCUGGAGAUGUACCGCGAAUACAUAGACCCAAAUUUCACUUGGAAGAACUUCAAUCUUGAGGAGCAGGCUAAGGUAAUUGUCGCUCCAAGGAGCAACAAUGAGCUUGAUGCCUCCAAACUGAAGCAGGAAUUCCCUGAACUGUUAGGUAUUAAGGAGUCGCUUAUACAGAAUGUCUUCACGCCAAAUCGAAAGACCCCUGUAGCUUGA